UAAGAAUUCGAAAGUAAAACUCCACUUGAUCAUUCGAACCUCACUUUUCGCCGGGUUCAUCUGCUUUAAUUUUUUUCUUUACUUAUCAGUUAAUUUUUGUCAAAAAACAAUUGAUAAAGAUGCCUGGCAAACCAGAUUACAAAGUUGCUGAUAUUUCCUUAGCAGAAUGGGGGAGAAAAGAGAUAACAAUGGCAGAAAAUGAGAUGCCAGGAUUGAUGGCAUUACGUAAAAAAUAUGGACCGAAAAAAAUUUUAAAAGGAGCAAGAAUAGCUGGUUGUCUUCAUAUGACUGUACAAACAGCCGUACUUAUUGAAACUCUAGUUGAACUUGGAGCAGAGGUCCAAUGGUCAUCUUGUAACAUAUUCAGUACUCAAGAUCAUGCUGCUGCGGCUAUUGCUAAAACGGGAGUACCAGUUUACGCAUGGAAAGGAGAAACUGAAGAAGAAUACACCUGGUGCAUUGAACAGACACUUGUUUUUAAAAAUGGACAACCACUUAAUUUGAUACUUGAUGAUGGAGGUGAUCUUACAAAUCUUGUUCACGACAAAUAUCCUCAGUAUUUAGAAAAUUGUCGUGGUGUAUCUGAAGAAACAACUACUGGAGUUCAUAAUUUAUAUAAAAUGGUUAAAAAUGGCACUCUAAAAGUACCAGCAAUUAAUGUCAAUGACUCCGUCACAAAGAGUAAAUUUGAUAAUCUUUAUGGAUGCCGUGAGUCAUUAAUUGAUGGAAUAAAACGUGCAACGGAUGUAAUGAUUGCUGGGAAAGUAUGUGUUGUAGCUGGAUACGGUGAUGUUGGUAAAGGAUGCGCUCAAAGUCUUCGUGCUCUUGGUGGACGAGUUAUCAUCACUGAAAUAGAUCCAAUAAAUGCUCUACAAGCAGCUAUGGAAGGCUACGAAGUAACGACGAUGGAAGAGGCUGCUCCAAAAGGACAAAUUUUUGUUACGACCACUGGCUGUAAAGAUAUUAUUGGAGGUCAUCACUUUGAACUUAUGCGCGAUGAUGCAAUUGUCUGUAACAUUGGCCACUUUGACUGUGAAAUUCAAGUUUCGUGGUUAGACAAAAAUGCUAAAGAAAAAAUAAAUAUUAAACCACAAGUUGAUAGAUAUACUUUGAGUAAUGGAAGACAUGUUAUUGUUCUGGCUGAAGGGCGUCUUGUUAAUUUGGGGUGUGCUACUGGACAUUCAAGUUUUGUAAUGAGCACUUCGUUUACUAAUCAAGUACUUGCACAAAUUGAACUAUGGACUAAAUUUGAUUCUUACACUAUUGAUGUUCAUAUGCUUCCUAAAAAGUUGGAUGAAGAGGUAGCUGCUUUACAUUUGGACCAUCUUGGUGUUAAAUUAACAAAAUUAACUCCUGAUCAAGCUAAAUACUUGGAUAUUCCAGUCAAUGGGCCAUUUAAACCCGAUCAUUACAGAUAUUAAAGACUUUCUUAUCAGAAAUAAAAAAUUUACUAUCAAAAUUUUUGUCAUAUUAUUCUUAGAAAUUACACAUGUACUCAGGGUAAAUUAAAAAAAAAAAAAUUUAUUACAAUUUUUUUAUGAAAAUUAAUUUUCACGUACGAAAUUACAGUUCUAAAUAAUUUUCAGUUGUAGUAAAAUAUUUUCCGUUUGAAUAAAAACAAUAAAAGUAAAUUUAAAUAUU